AUGUAUCGCAAAGCGCUACUUCCCACGGCCGACAAAAAGAAAUCUCGAGGUCGCAAGCUAUCAUACUGCCAGCGGCUCGCUCGGCAUCUGGACCGCCUGGAUGAAAAUCCAGAGCUAUGGAAGAGUGACAAGACCAUCAAACUACCACCAUUCCAGCGCCUUCCACCUGAGCUGCGCCAGACCAUUCUCUUCCAUACGCUGGAUGACAACGAAGUCUGCACUCCUCGGCCCAACUCGACCACGCGAGAUCUAGCACUCGUCUGCACGCAAUUCGCGCAGGAUCUCCCGGCCGUCAACAGAAUGUGGGACGCACGCGCAGCUUCCCUGAGCAAGCUUUCUGGUCUGAAUCCGACUUUGAUGAGUGCUUUGWUCAAAGACAUGAUGGGUCCGCUGCAAACCGCUUCUGCUGUGCUAAGCAGCCAGAAGAUUCUGCGGAAUUCGCGCUCUAAACGGAAGGCUAGCUCGCGACGGAACAUGCAGGUUGAUGGCGCGGGGAUCAGUCAUCGCAGACAGCUUCAGAAGGAACGAACGGCGGGCUCAAGGAGUUUGAGACGGUCGCAGCAUUUAAAGGGAGGACGGCCACUUACGGAGGAAGAGUCUGUGGACAUGAAGCACUGGCGACGAGCUCGAAUUUUGGCCGGUGAUCGAGUGAAUGCUAAGCUGAUCAUUCCGCGUUCGAACACGCGUGCUGAAUCGCAUAGCCAUGCCAGGUUCAUUGAAGAAGACUAA